GCAAUCACUUGGGACGCAAAAAAGCGGAAGGAGGAGGGUAGUGAUCUUUUUGUGGUGAUACAGAUCUCCUUUGUUAGGGCAUAGAUCGCCGAGGCUUUAGGGUUUGAGCGGCAAGGGCGAGGGAGAUGAAGAUUUCCGUCAAGACGCUCAAGGGCAACCACUUCGAUCUCGAUGUGCAGCCGGCGGACACGGUGAUUGCCGUGAAGAAACAGAUUGAGGACCUCCAAGGCAAAGAGAGCUUCCCGUGCGCGCAACAGCUCCUGAUUCACCAGGGCAAGGUUCUCAAGGAUGAGACCACCAUGGACGAGAACAAAGUCUCGGAGAACGGUUUCCUGGUAGUUAUGCUCACCAAGAGUAAAACCGCUGCCCCUACGUCGUCUGGUGCCACUCCAAGUAGCACACCGCAAGCUGCUCCAGCGACCGUGACGACCACGCCAUCUCCGGCACCCCCGGCUCCAGCUCCGAGUCCCGCAGCUCCGGCAUCGCCCGCUGCUCCAGCUCCAGUUCCAGCUCCAGCUCCAGCUCCAGCACCAGCUCCAGCUCCGGCUCCGGCUGUUACGCAGCCUCCAGCAGCAACUAGCGAUGUCUAUGGACAGGCUGCCUCGAAUCUCGUUGCCGGCACUGGGCUCGAGCAAACUAUCCAACAGCUGGUAGACAUGGGUGGUGGAAGCUGGGACAGGGAUAGCUGCGCCCGCGCUCUUCGUGCUGCUUACAACAAUCCCGAGAGAGCUGUGGAGUACUUGUACUCGGGGAUUCCAGACGUGGCUGAUGCUCCUCCCGUUGCACGGGCCCCUCCUGCUGCUCCUGCGGCUGCCACUGCUCCCCCGUCGGCAGCACCGACCGGUGGAGUGCCUGCUCCUGCGGCGACUGGUGGUCCUAACGCAGUUCCGUUGGAUCUCUUUCCACAAGGGAUGCCUGGGCUAGCUCCGGCGGGUGGAGGCGGAAAUGGGGCACUGGAUUUUCUACGGAACAAUGCACAGUUCCAAGCUUUGAGAACCAUGGUGCAACAAAAUCCCCAGCUGUUGCAGCCCAUGCUCCAAGAACUGGGCAGACAAAACCCCCAGCUACUGCGCCUCAUCAAUGAAAACCACGUUGAGUUUCUUCGCCUGAUAAGCGAAGCUGGGGGAGAGAACCCCGAAGCUGGGUACGUUUAUCUUUUCGCCAUGGAUUGCUUUGCUUCAACUUUCUGGUGUGAUGAAUCCAGUGAUUUGCUUGGACAACUAGCGGGAGCCAUGCCGCAGUCGAUCAGCGUCACGCCGGAAGAGAGAGAAGCGAUUGAAAGGUUAGAAGCGAUGGGCUUUGAUCGGGCGUCUGUAAUUGAAGCGUUCUUGGCUUGCGACAAAAACGAGCAAUUGGCCGCCAACUAUCUACUGGAGCAUUCAGGGGACUAUGAGGAUUAGAAGUGAAACAAAUUCUUUGCUGUGCAUGAACGAAGGACGGUUUAUUGAAAAAGGAAUGUGCGUUUUUAUGGAGAGAGAAGCAUAACUAAGUUGGGUUUUUCUUUUUCUUUUGCUGCAUCUAAUAUGUUAAUACUGCAAAGCGAUAAUCUUUGAUCUCGACAA